AAAUAUGCACAUGGAAAUCUCUGAAAUCCCCCUUUUUUAUCAAUGUUUUUGCCUUUUUCUUCCUCUUUUUCCAAAUACAGACAUGGUAAACCAAACAUCUGUGAAGGAAUUCCUCCUUCGGGGCUUUUCUGACAUUCGAGAGCUGCAGCUUCUACAUUUUUUUGUGUUUCUCUCCCUUUAUUGUGCAACUUUGGUGGGAAAUUUCCUCAUCAUUGUGACUGUGGUCUGCAUUCACCAUCUUCAUACCCCCAUGUACUUUUUCCUGGCCAUCCUGUCUGCCAUCGAUGUCUGCUACAUUUCCACCACUGUGCCCAAAUCCAUGGUGUGCUCAUUGAUGGCUGACAACCUGAUUACAUUCCCCGGUUGUGUGGCCCAGGUGUUCUUGGUUGUGGCACUGGGAGGGGCCGAGCUGUCCUUCCUCACUGUCAUGGCUUAUGACCGCUACGUGGCCAUCUGUCACCCUCUGCAGUACAGGCUCAUCAUGAACUGGAAAGCCUGCCUUCAAAUGGCAGCAGCCUCCUGGCUCUGCAGCUUGAUCAAUGCUGCAGUGCACACAGUGAACACGUUUAGGCUGCAUUUCUGCUGGUCUAAUGUCAUUGAACAAUAUUUCUGUGAUAUUCCUCACCUGCUAAGAAUCUCUUGCAGUAAUACAGAGGCCAAUGAGAAGUUUAUGGUAGCCAUUGUGUUAUGCGUGGGGUCAUUUUGCUUUGUGUUUGUGCUGGUUUCCUAUAGUUACAUCUUCUCUGCAGUGUUCAAGAUUCAAUCAGCUCAGGGAAGGUACAAAGCCUUCUCAACUUGCAUCCCACAUCUUUCUGUUUUCUCUUUGUUUAUAUGCACUAUUAUAUUUUCUUACAUGAGAUCAAAGGCUUUGUCCUUGCCAUCUCUGGAUUUACUGGCUGCCCUUUUGUACGCAGUUUUGCCACCACUCAUGAAUCCCAUAAUUUAUAGCCUGAGAAACAGAGAGAUCCAAAGGGCUGUGUGGAAAAUGACACAGAGAAGAUGUGAUUGUCAACUGUCAUCCUCCAAAUCCUGUUCUCAGCAAUUUUAA